GCGAAUUCAAGCACAGUUCAAUAUACUUUACUCUACCGAAUUAUCGUAUUAUGCAUAGUAUCUCUAGUUAAUUCUCCCAGGAUUCCAUUCCAAACACGAUGGAUACCUACAUAGGUAGGUAAGAUACCUGUUACCUUGUAAAUAAACUUAUGUACAUACUCUGCAAGCGUGGGAUGUUCUAACUUCUUGUUAAGUACAUACAUAUGCACAUCUGUAAUACCCACGUAUCGCGAAUCCGGUUGUAUGGCUCCAGAAGAUCAAUGUCGCCACGCCCUAACAGCGUAGGAAUCGAUAGCGUAGAAAAGUAAAGAAAUCGCGACUUGCCUCGGUGGAAUGAUGAGGUAAACGGAAUCGUAUAAUCCGCUUGUACGACCGUGUACGACCGAGUUACCCCGCCAUACGUACAUAAGAUGGCUUGGAAACUCUCCCCACACUUGUCACUUGUCUCGUGAACAUCGUAUAUAGCCUGAAUACCAAUGCUUUCGCUACUGAGGCCGAGUGUUCCAAUUUAUUUCCCAUAUUUAGCUGCCAUCCCGCCCUGAGUCUAAGAGUCUAUUUCGAGCCUCCAGCUAACCCCCCACAUCCCGCGAAUUCAUAUUAGCACCACCAACAAGACAACUGUAGCAAACAUCACCAUGGCCGACGAGAUCUCCUUCCUACCACUCGGCGCUAUUAUCCAAUCCUUUAAUGUUGGUGGCCUUAAUAUUGUCCAAGGCUUCCCGACCCAGGAGCUUUAUGCCGAGCACAACAGCCCGCACUUUGGUGCCACAAUUGGCCGUGUCGCAAACCGCAUCUCGGGUGCCAAGGUCGACGCAUUGAAUGGAGGAAAGUCCUAUAGCUUCGUUGCCAACAAUGGACCGAACACCCUGCACGGCGGAAAUGUGGGCUGGGGUAAGCGAGUAUGGAAGGGUCCGACCCCGGUAGGCGUCCGCAAGAACAUUCCCGGAAUCGAGGGUGAGCUUAAGGGUGGAGAGACCGUCGAGUUCUCGCUUGUAAGCGAAGAUGGGGAUGAGGGGUUCCCCGGUGAGGUUCUCGUCAAGGUGUUCUACACGGCCGGCAAGGUUACCGAGAAUGGAAAAGAGGUCAUAGUUCUUAGCCAGGAAUACGAGGCUGAGCUGGUAGGAGGUGCGGAGGAAACUAUCAUAAACAUGACAAACCAUUCGUACUUUAACCUCUCGGGUAAGCCAACCAUCGAGGGAACUGUAGUCCAACUUUCUACCAAUUCAUAUCUCCCUCUCGAUGAGUGGGGUAUCCCAACCACCGGACCAACAGCGUACUCUAAAGUCGCAACAACGACUCCUUUCACUCUUGGAGUCCAGGAGCCGGAUUUCGACGACUGUUUCAUCGUCGAUCCUACCGCUUCUCCCGGUUCUGUGCCGAUAGACACACGAGGUCUUCCUCUCACUAAACUCGUUUCCGCUCACCAUCCAGAAAGCAAAAUCCACCUUGAGGUUCUUAGCACGGAGCCCGCAUUCCAGUUCUAUACCGGCAAGUGGAUUGAUGUUCCGGCUGUGGGCGGAGCUCCCGCGCGCGGGCCGCGCAGCGGUUUUUGCGUGGAACCAAGCCGGUUUGUAAAUGCUAUUAACGUGGAUGAUUGGCGGAGCCAGCAGCUGCUAAAGAAGGGUGAGAAAUUCGGAGCCCGGAUCGUGUAUAAGGCAUGGAAAGAGUAAUCAGCACUCUGGUGGUGAUGGAUGAAGAAGACGUUAUUGGAAGACGUGAAGCUGCUUAUGUGCGCUAUGCUCACCACUCAAAUCUAAUUGAAUAUUUACAAUUCU